AUGUAUCUAGUUCAAGCUUUAGUGCUCCUUGCACUUGCCCUUGCUGGCUCUCAUGUUUCAGCAUUUCAGCCCUACAAAACCCUAGUUGCACCUAUCACCAAAGACACCACCACUUCUCUCUACUCCACGACCCUCAACUUCCGGGAGAACUACAUCGUCGAUCUCGGCGCUCCAUUCUCGUGGUACACUUGCCCGUACAAGCACCCUCUCGUGACUUGCAAGGCUCCGCCAUGUGUGUCGGCGAGGCCUUACCUCUCCCCGCUUUGCCCUCCAUCCAGCAGCUCCACCAACAACCUUUGCCAAAAUUGCAUCACGACUCCCGUCAACCCACUUACCAAAUCCUGCGGUCUCUCCGACCUCACGUACCAGAACAUCACGCUUUAUCUAACAAAUGGCGGAAACCCGACAAGUUCUAUAAAUUUGAAUGACAUAUACAUGUCUUGUGCUCCUGGGUACCUUUUGAAGUCUCUUCCUUCAGGCACUACCGGUUGGGCUUCCCUUUCGUGGGCUCCUCUCGCUCUUUCUACACAACUAACCCCUCCUCAGCUGGGAAUAACCAAGAGAUUCGCAAUGUGUCUUCCUAGUGUUCCUAAUGGUAAGGGCACGCUUUUCUUUGGAAGCGGUCCAUAUUUCUUUAGGAGCCCUGCCUUGGUUGAUGUAUCCAGAUUUCUCUCCUACACCCCAUUGAUAAAGAACCCUAAAUCAUCUGACUACUACAUCGGCCUUGACAGCAUAUCAAUUGCUGGGAAGGCGGUCCGUAUCCCGGGAAAAGCAUUUUCCAUUGAUUCUGUUGGCCGAGGAGGCAUGGUGCUGAGCACAGUGAUUCCUUACACUAUUCUCAGGAGCGAUAUCUUCGAUGUCUUCGUCAAGGAGUUCAAGAUAGCCACCAAGGGCAUUCCUGAAACGAAAAAGGUGAAGCCUUUUGAGUAUUGUCUCAAGUCAAGCACGAUUGCGUCGACUCGGUUAGGUUUACAGGUUCCCCAGAUCAGUCUGCAAGUGGCGGGUGGGAAGACCUGGACAAUCUAUGGAGCGAACUCGAUGAAGCAAGUGAACAAGGAUGUGGCCUGCCUGGCCUUCGUAGACGGAGGGAAGGCGGCCAAGCAUGCAGUGGCGAUCGGGUCUCACCAAAUGGAGGACAACUUCCUCGUGUUCGAUCUGGCUCAAUCGACGUUGGGGUUCAGUUCCUCGCUGCUGGGCUACACCACUACUUGCGCCAACUUCGACUUCACAGUUAAACCUUGA